CACGUCCGGCCUCUUCCAGCUCUGGGCUCCUUGGUCUGGUUGGCAGCAUCGCGCACUGUUUCGCCAGCAUCCCAGCAUCCUCCAGUGCGCAUGUGCGGCAGGGAAGCUUUUUGCAUCAAGCUGCUUUGAGACUGAUCUGCCAUGACUACAGCAAGAUAUAGGCCCACGUGGGAUUUGGCCCUGGAUCCGCUGGUUUCCUGCAAACUUUGCCUUGGAGAAUAUCCCGUGGAACAAAUGACCACCAUAACACAAUGCCAGUGUGUCUUCUGUACACUGUGCUUGAAACAAUACAUUGAACUUCUAAUCAAAGAAGGCUUAGAAACUGCAAUUAGUUGCCCUGAUGCUGGCUGUCCAAAGAGAGGGCACUUACAAGAGAAUGAGAUUGAAUGCAUGGUUGCUUCUGAUAUAAUGCAACGGUAUAAGAAGUUGCAGUUUGAGAGAGAAGUGCUUCUGGAUCCCUGCAGAACAUGGUGUCCUUCAUCGUCCUGCCAAGCCGUGUGCAAGCUUCAAGAAAAAGGACCGCAGAAUCCGCAGCUGGUGCAGUGUACCUCCUGCGACACCGAAUUCUGCUCCGCGUGUAAGGCCAACUGGCACCCUGGCCAAGGAUGUCAAGAAAACCUGCCGAUUACUUUUCUCCCAGGAGAAUCUAGCUCUGUCUUUAAAAGUGUUGAAGAUGAGGUGCCGAUUAAACGCUGUCCGAAAUGUAAAGUUUAUAUAGAAAGGGACGAAGGCUGUGCACAAAUGAUGUGCAAGAACUGCAAGCAUGCCUUCUGCUGGUACUGCCUGGAGUCCCUUGAUGAUGAUUUUUUGCUUAUACACUAUGAUAAGGGACCUUGCCGAAAUAAAUUGGGUCAUUCAAGAGCUUCAGUCAUAUGGCACAGAACCCAGGUUGUGGGUAUAUUUGCAGGAUUCGGCUUACUGCUGUUAGUAGCAUCGCCCUUCCUUUUAUUGGCCACUCCGUUUGUCUUGUGUUGCAAAUGUAAAUGUAGUAAGGGUGAUGAUGACCCUUUACCGACUUAAUGCCAAAUUACCCUAAUGAGCUAUAUUGCACCUUCCCUAAUAAAGGCUGAAGGAUACACUACAUAUUGUAUAGUAGCCUUCCAUGCCUUGCCCAGCUUUCAGAGACACAUACAGUGCCAUUAUUGUAAGAAUUAUUGUCCAUAGAGUGGCUGAUGUAUUUCUGGGGUUACUGUGAAGAACUGGAGUGCUUGAAGAGAUACCAAGAAUGAUCUUCUGAAGGCAAAGAUUUAGUGUAGCCGGAUGAAAAGACUUCAACAUAUGUCACGUUUUGCUCCAACCGUUAAAUACUGUUGUUCUAAUAUGUCUAAUUUACUUCAUUUACAUUCCUGUCCUAUGUUCCAUAAAUUUGGAUUUAUCUUUAUAAGUUUAAUAUUGUCAUCUAUGUUUAUUGUACUCUGCAAAUGGUUAACGGCAUAAGCUAGAUAAAAUGCUUUCUUUAUAAUCGGGUCAAUAAGUGCUCUGCCAUUUAGUGGCACACAAGGUAACAAAACAACAUUUUGUUUAAAAUAUUUUUUAUUUAUAAGACAUUCCCAGUUUAGCAGAAGAAUACCGGAGCAGUUUUUGUGUUCACGGCGAGAUCAUAUUAAUAGCACAGAUUAUGUGAAUUGGGACCAAAUUUAAUAACAAGCAUUAUAAUGCGAUGGCAAAAUAUCCCAUGGCAACCAAGAAAAAAAAAAUAUGAAUAGCGCAGUGGAAUACUAGUUGCCAGGACAUCUUUGACAUCUCAUUAGUACUAAUAAUUAGAAAAGAGAACAAUAAAUAUACAACAAAGAGAAUGAUAUAAGUGAAUGUAGUCUUGUUCUCUUAAAAAGUAUCCAUUCCAUUCCAAACUAGUUGGAACGUGUAGAAAGACCGCUUUGGUUGUAUAUUAAUUAAAUUAUAUCACUUUUUUUCUUU